UGGAGGGCAGGGCAUCACCCCCAGCACCCUCAUCAUCAUCAUCACCAUCCUCCUCCUCCUCCUUCCCCCGGGCCGGCGGGCGGAGCCCCAAUGCACCCCGCUCGGGGCAACGGCACACAGGGCCCCAGGACCGGACCCCACCGCCCCCGGCUCCCCCCGGGGCAGGUGCGGCCGAGGCGGACGGGGGCGGAGCGCAGCGUUUAGCGCAGCGUUUAGCGCAGCUCGGCCCCGCGGCAGGACCGGCCCGCCCGCUCCGUUAUCGAUUCCUCGGCGGAGAAAAGGCAGAAGCGACGCCAGUCUCGCCCAGCCGACCCCUCCAACGGGGCAGCCCCGAACCGAGCUAUGAAGACCUACAGUCUGUUUCUCCUACUCCUGUGGAGUGCCAUCGGGACAGCCAGGGCUGCCAAAAUCGUCAUCGUGCCGCCUAUCAUGUUUGAGAGCCAUAUGUAUAUUUUCAAGACUCUAGCCUCGGCCUUGCACGAGAGAGGCCAUCAGACGGUGUUCCUUCUCUCUGAAGGCCGUGACAUCCCUGCCUCGAGUCACUACCGACUCCAACGCUAUCCGGGAAUCUUUAACAGCACCACCUCAGAUGCGUUUCUCCAGUCCAAAAUGCGGAACAUUUUCUCCGGGAGGCUGACGGCCCUGGAGCUGUUUGACAUUUUGGACCACUAUUCCAAGAACUGUGAUAUGAUGGUGGGGAACCAGGCCUUGAUGCAGAGCCUGAAGAAGGAGAAGUUUGACCUGCUGCUGGUGGAUCCCAAUGAGAUGUGUGGGUUUGUCAUAGCUCAUCUUUUAGGGGUCAAGUAUGCUGUUUUUUCCACCGGUCUCUGGUAUCCGGCUGAGGUGGGGGCUCCCGCUCCCUUGUCGUACGUUCCCGAAUUUAACUCGCUCCUAACGGACCACAUGAACUUGCUCGAGAGGAUUAAAAACACCGGCGUUUACCUCAUUUCCCGAUUCGGGGUCAGCUUUUUGGUCCUUCCGAAGUACGAGAGGAUAAUGCAGAAAUACAACCUGCAGCCCGAGAGAUCUAUGUACGACUUGGUGCACGGCUCCAGCCUGUGGAUGCUGUGUACUGACGUAGCCCUGGAGUUCCCGAGACCCACGCUGCCCAAUGUCGUGUACGUGGGGGGAAUCCUAACCAGACCCGCCAGCCAACUGCCAGAAGAUCUCCAAAGAUGGGUAAAUGGUGCUAAUGAACACGGUUUUGUCCUGGUCUCUUUUGGAGCCGGAGUGAAGUAUCUGUCGGACGAUAUUGCAACCAAGCUAGCGGGGGCGUUGGCGAGGCUGCCUCAGAAGGUGAUUUGGAGAUUUUCUGGAAUCAAGCCAAGGAAUCUAGGAAACAACACAAAGCUCAUAGAAUGGUUACCACAAAAUGAUCUUCUCGGACACUCAAAUAUUAAAGCUUUCCUUAGCCAUGGUGGCUUGAACAGUAUUUUUGAAACAAUGUACCACGGUGUGCCUGUAGUGGGAAUUCCACUCUUUGGAGAUCAUUACGAUACUAUGACUCGAGUUCAGGCCAAAGGCAUGGGGAUAUUACUUGAGUGGAAGACCAUUUCAGAAGGAGACUUGUACGAAGCCCUCGUGAAAGUGAUUAAUGAUCCCAGCUACAGGCUCCGAGCUCAGAAGCUGUCUGAAAUUCACAAGGAUCAGCCCGGUCACCCCGUCAAUCGGACCGUCUAUUGGAUCGAUUACAUUCUCCGGCACAACGGGGCCCGCCAUCUCCGGGCCGCUGUUCACCGUAUUUCUUUCUAUCAGUACUUUUUACUGGAUGUUGCCUUUGUUCUGUCUGUCGGUGCUGCCUUGCUCUACUUCCUAAUGUCCCGGAGCGUGAGAUUUAUUUACAGACAGAGCAAACAUCUUUGGGCUAGCAGGGAGCACAGUGCUAUAAACGGACAUUACCACAAUGGGAUUCCAAAUGGCAAAUUCAAAAGAAAUGGCCACAUUAAACACGAAAAGAAGGUGAAAUGAGCCAGCUGUCCUCACCUGAUAUUAACAAGAGCUGUUCAAGAAAUUGAAUUUUAUUGUUGUAACUUAAAUCUAACAACUACUUAAUGUAAAAACCCAGUAAACAGUUCUAACAUUCCCCUAUAUAAUCUUAUGGGAUUAAGAUGUCUUAAAAAGGGAAAAAAAAGCACAAACUUAAAAUGCAAAAAUGUAUUUUAUUCCUAAUCGUGAUGCAGAGAGUAAUAUUGGCACUGAGAUUUUUAGAAGUCUCGAUUCUUUACAUCAAGUUAAUGACCUAUGGGUUCUUAGUUUUAAAAUCUGAAGGCGUGUCCCAGAUGCACAGAUGUUACUUUUUAUUCAGUAAGGUGUUUUUUAUUCAUCUUUUGGUUAAGAGAAUUUUAGCUAGCUGCAGUUGCAUGAUAAAUUAGUUGGAGGUCCAUCAUUUAAGAAUGAAGGUUCUGUUUCCUGCUGGACUUGUCAGCUGGUGUUUAAUGUGUUUAGAUUCAGGAUGCUCUGCAGAGGACAUUUUCUCUUAAAAAAAGCAAAAAAAAAAAAAAAA